AGAUGGCGUCAUAGGAAAACACACAAAGAAGGAUGAUAAAGACGUGUUAUUUAUAGUCUGUCGUUUUACAGAUGUUUGAAAUGGGCUUUAUUGAUUCAUUUUGCAAUUGAACGUUAAAAAAGCCUGUUUAAUUUCUGCAAAUAUGUUAGAACUCGAAGUUGUGCCAGAAAGAUCCUUAGGAAAUGAUCAAUGGGAACUCGUACUGGGGAUGGCAUUUUGCCAAGCAGUACAUAUCCUACAACAACAAUUCCGUGUUAUAAGACGAGUGGAAGUGGUGUACAGUGAAUUGAAUCCUCUUACAAUGGACCUCAUUAUCAACUUAACUCAAGAUGGAAUUAAACUGAUUUUUGAUUCUAUUUCACAACGAUUAAAGAUUAUAGAGGUUUACAAUAUGACAAAAGUGAAGUUAAAAUACUGUGGUCUCCCAUUUUGUUCUCCAGAAGUUUCUCCUACUAUAGAACAGAUUGAUCAUUCCUUUGGAGCCACACAUCCAGGAGUGUAUGAUUCAGUGCAACAAGUAUUUGUACUCAAUUUCAGGGGGUUGUCUUUCUGCUUUCCCAUUGAAUCUAAGUUUCAGCCUCGAUAUGCUCAUGGUCUUGGUAGUCUGCGUUUCCCCAAUGGUGCAUCUCCCAUUGUUUCUAAAAUGUGUAUAUAUAGUGGAAACAGUUUAACAGACACCAAAGCUCCUUCCUUACCUAUGUCAUGUUUUUACAAUCAUGUGUACCUAGAAAAAUUAGAUGUCUUAAGAGAAAAUGACAGCACUGUUGGAGUCAAGCUACAACUGAUGACUGAAGCUUUAGGACCUAGUAAAUUGCUAGAACCCCAGAAACAGACUGUAUUACGUGUGAUAAAAUUUGGUGACUCUGCACAGGAUGUGGUAGCUGCUCUAGGAGCUCCCAGCAAAGUGUUCUACAAAGCUGAAGACAAAAUGAAGAUCCACUCCCCCAACUCUCACAAACUUUUGACUUCUCGAUCAUCAGAUUAUUUCUAUAACUACUUCACUUUAGGAAUGGAUGUCUUAUUUGACUCUAGAAGCCACAGAGUGCAGAAGUUCAUCCUUCACACAAACUAUCCUGGCCACUAUAACUUCAACAUGUACUUUAGAUGCAACUUUAACAUUGCCCUUAGCCCGCCCAAGCCUCAGGACCCGGAAGGUGCUGUCUUAGUUGAUGUUACUGAUCAAAACACCCAAACAAUCACAGCUGUCUCAAAAUGGGAUACACUGCAGGAAAGGUUGCUAAAACAGUCUGAAAGACCAGUAGUCCUAAACAGAACCUCUUCAACAAACACCACUAAUCCAUUUGGAUCAACCUUCUGCUACGGCUAUGAAGAUAUGAUAUUUGAGGUAAUGCCAAAUAACCAUAUUGCCUCAGUUACCCUUUACCAAAAGAAACAUCCCAAGAAAAGCAGCCAGACUGUUUGAUAGCAGUAUGAGAGUAAAGUGCUACGCCAACUAGUCACAUGGCCAUGAGGCCUGUGUAUAUCUUGUUGCUUCAGGAUCCAAUAUUAGCCACGGUAUGGUGUGAAUAGCCUUCAAGGAAUUUCAACAUAUCUGUAUCAACAUAACAUUUGCCUUGAAUCAAACUAGCACGUUUUUUUUCACAUUUCAUGCCAGCCUAAGGAUUUGAUUCAUGGUAUCACAUCAGUUCUUUGUUUCUCCCUAAUCUGGUGCUCAUCAUAGUAUUGGAUUUUGUGAAGAAACAAUAUUACAUCUGGUACCUGUUUUAAAUAAUUCUGUUUCUUUAGGAUUGUCUAAAGUGGUUCACAUUCCACAGCAUUUCUGUGUAGAUCUCGUUUAUAUCACUUGGUCAAGAGAUACCCAGAGUGACAUAGUAGCACUAAUUGCUCAUAUUGUACAACCUAAAUGUGCUGUGAGAAUAAAAACUAAUGACAGCAAGUUGUAUUUAUAUUUGUUAGAAAAAAAAAAUGAUUGUUAUUGUACUAGGAUGAAAUGAUUGUUUAAUAUAUCUUGUAGUGCUGAGAGUGAUUCAGUUUAAUAUGAUGUAUACUUGUAUAUGUGUGUGAUUAGUGUGUGCUUGGCAUAACGUUUUUUAUCUCCAGUAUUCCAUCUAUAAAGAGAUGUCUUUCUUUCUGCUGUACUCGUAGAGUUUGAAAAGUAUUUUUAAAAUUUUUUAUCUCAAUUUUUAAGUGUCCUUUUGGCCUUGGCCCAUCAAUUUCACAUUUUAUCUGUUGAACUAUAAGAUCUGGUACAUUUUUGUAGGGCAUUUUUAGCUUUUUUUUCAUCAUAUGAGAUCACCAUCUUGCAGAUGAAAACUUACCUUUGUACAUUGAUUUAUCAGUAUGUUUUAUUUUUAGCUCAUUUUUCCAAUUUUAGAGAGAAAAAAAAGGGUUAAUAGUGGCCAAAAUGAGAUUAUGUGAAAAGGAUAGAUUUUUGACUUGCAACUACUGUGAUUAAAAUUUUACAGUGAUCUCAGCAACAGCGAUAGAUGUAAUAUUUUGCUUGAAUAUUGAACUGUUGCAUUGGGUUUUAUAGUUGAGUGUGCAGGUAUGAGAAUUGUAGAGUAUUGAUUUGUUCAUGAUACAUCAACCUUGCGUGUUUAGUGUCAUAAUGAAUGAACAAGUCUUUUAACAUAAGAGUUGUUGGUGCUGACUUUUUAAAAGAAACUGGCAAAAUGUCUGUUCCAAAAAGUAUAAUGGGAGUAAUAUUAACCUUGAAUUUAGUGUAUAACAUACUAAUUAAUCAUGCUACUAAUUAUUAAUAACAACAUUUCAUCACUUUCAGAUGAAUUUUUUUCAUGAUCUUUCUUACUAAACAGAACCACUAAUGGGCAAAAAUUACUGGUUUUUUUUUUGUGUACAAAGACUUUAGAAAUUUAGAGAGAAGCUAGUAAAUUAAACUUAUUAUUGUUUCUCUAUAUAUUAAGAUUAUAAUUUUCAUGGAAAGUGAUGUAAUUUAAUAUACUACAGUUUUCCCCAUUUAUUACUCUAUUGCAUUUCGAAUAUUUUUGAAGUCACAUUAGUUGGUAUCUUCAUAUUAAGAUUUGGAAGGAUUUUGAGGAAUAAUUUAUACUGCAUACAAGCUAGGCUUUAGAUUUCAUGUCCUAUAUAUUCAGGUACAGAAAAGCUAUUGCUCUUUAGCAAUGACAUGGAUAUUGUUAUCACUAAUAAAACUAUAGUAUUUUAAAAAAAUUAUCAACCUAAGCCUAUUGCUGUAAUUGCCAUUUUAAUAUUGAUGAUGCACAUUAAACACUUUCCAAGGAUUUAACAGCAUUAGCUUUCCAGUAAAUUUGAAUACAUAUUUUAAGGUUUGAAGAGUUUUUACUGUAAGUUUACAAGUUUUGAAAACCAAACUGUAUAUCCCUCUUCACUAUACUAACAAUCAUUUGUUUUAAAUUAAAAAUUGCACAAAACUCAUACCAGCUUCGUUAAAUUCACUGAAAAAACAGUGUGUAGUUGCCUUAAGUGUAAAUCAAGGCAUGCUUAUGAAGAAAUCUGCUUUUGAUAACUGGAACAUUGGUACCAACUUUUCAUUUCCUAGCAUGUGGUUAAGUCAUGAAAAAGAGUUUAAAAAGUUUAGCAGUUAUUUUGGUAAAUAUAUUUGUCAGUUUAGCCUUAAUUCUAUAUUUGUAAAUAACACGUUCUAACUAUAACUUGUAGAAAGACUGUGCUGUUUAUGCAGUAAUUUUUUUUUUUACUUUUAAACCCUUUAUUUGGAAAGAGUAACUUGGUAGUAAUUGUGUGAUAUUCCAAUAGUUUUGUCAAAAAAUUGAGAUUUUGCAGGUGACCUUUGGCUGUAGAUUAACUUGACACCCCUAUAAAAGACGUUUACCAGUGUUUUAAUAAUUUAGGAAGUAUAUAGACAGUUAAAAAACAGAAAAACGUGUAAGAAAUGUUUAAGCAGAUGACAAUUUUAUGUUUAAUUCCCAGGAAGAAUUAUGACUAUUGGUAUUAGAUACUUAAGAGCCCCACCACCCCCAUUGGCUCAGCAGUAAGUCUGAAGGUAUUUAAGAAUGAAUUAAUUCAAUUAGAAAGCUUUAUAAGUGAGAUCUUAAAUGAGGUAUAUUUCUAACUGGAGAUCUUUACAUUCUGGUGUUAUUAAUAUACAAAUAGAGUACAGUAAAGGUAAUUGAAGGUAAGUUGUGGUUUUGCUAAAUCUCCAGCAGUACGAUUGUAAUUCUGUGUAACUUUUUAUUACAGACAGAUCACGAUUUAGGUCUUUCAUUUUCAUUGCUUAUCUCGGAGAAAACAUUGUAAUAUUCCAUAAGUAGCACUUAAUAACAGUAUCUUAAUCAGCCACAUGUACAAAUGACAUAUGUUUAGUGAAAUUUUUAUUUUUAGUAAUGCUGAAAGAUGUAAUGGUAUAUUUUUGAACUUGUCACAAGUAAUUCUUGACUGUUCUACCAUAAAAUAUCAGUGUGCCAGGAAGUGUAUAUAUGAAAAAGAAUCAAACAGAUCUGGUUAUUAAUGUCACUUUAGUUUCUAAUGUUUUAUAUAUACAAAGUGAGUUACACUUGGAUUUCUUUUUUAAGGAGGCUUGCUAAAGAAAUGUGUGUUAGUUUUGUCUGUUUUCAGUGUUUUGCUGUGUAAUAGGUGUUUUAAUUGAUUUCUUUCUUCUUUGAUAUAGCACCAACUUUCAAUGUCCAUACAAGACAUUCUACUUUUCUCAGUUUAUACUUUGGUUGGAAAAAUAAAACAUAUCUUAGCUCAAUGCAAUAAGUAUUCUCACCUGAUAUUUACCCCAUUCUGCCUACUCUUGCAAACAGAAAACUUUUGUAUUAUAGAAAACUUCCCAGUAUGGUAAUGCAAUAUUUUUAUGCUUUGUGGACAUAGAUAUUAGAGAGCAUUUAGCUUUUUUAUUAACAGAAUUGAGAAAUUUAUAUAAAUAUUUUAACAGCUACAAAUUUCUUGUGAGCUGUCAUUAGGAGUUUACAGUAGUGAAAACAAAUGUUAGUUUUUCUCAAAUUUUAUUUUCCAAUAUUUUAGCUCCUGCAGCAACUAUCAUUAUUAUAGUAGUGUGUUAGAAAUUUUAUCAAAACGUUUUGGGUAUGCUGUUAUCUAGGGUUUUGAGUCAAACCAAUAUAAAAGUACAAUUUUUGACUUUUUUUUUUUUUUAACUAUCAUUUUUGUGGGAGUUAACAAAAGACUGCAUUAUUUCUUAUAUUUUGUGUGAAAUGCACUGGAGCACACAUGUGGGGCAAGGGUCAGGUUCUGUCCAGUAACCCCCCCUCCUAGAGCUUGAAGUUGUUCACCUUUUUUUAACAGAAAUAUUUUGAUCUAGUGCAGUAAAUAUUUUAGAUUGAUAGUGUCAUUUUAGUAUUUUUAGUAAAUUUUACUUUUUCAAGUAAUUAUUUAGCUCAGUUUGCAGGGGCAGAUCGAUGUUUAGGGGUAGAUCACCCUACACUUGUUUGUACAUCUAUUGAUGAUGUCUACACCAGUAUGCAAUUCCAAGACAGCAGUUAUUUGUCAUAAAGAUUUCUUAGAAAAGGUUCCUUGAUCCCAAUUGGAUCUGCCUUGCUUUGGAAACCCCCCUUUUAAAUUUCUGUAUGUACCCCUGAGUUAUGAUAUUAGAUUUUUAAGAAUAAUUACUCUUUUCAGAUUAAGUGUUUAGAAAUGAAAAUUAGAGGCCAAAAUUAAAUAGAGGAAAAAAAAAGUAUUAAUGUUUAAAAAACAAUUUGGUUAAACUAUAAUUAUCUGAUUUAAAUGUAUUAUUUGUAUUAUUGCUGUGAGUUAUGCAUAUUUUACUGCAUGUCUUGUUAAUUUGAUUGUAUAUAAAUGUAUGUAAUUAAAAAAAAUAAAUAAGUUACUUUUUUUCAUCAAGAAUAACAAUGAAUGCAGCUAAGUUUUUGUUACUGUUUGCAAAUUUUUAAAAUGCAUUAAAAACUUAAACAAAGCUUAAGAAAAUCUGUAUUGAAUCAUUCCAUGUGUAACUUAACAGAAUGUAAUGUGCAAAAUAUUUCAAGUUUAUGUAAAUUAAAACCAGUUGUUAAAAGUUGCACUUUCAGUUACAAAGUGACAGACAUACAUUUCAAAGGUCUUCAUUAUAGCAGAUUUAGGCUGUAAAUUCAUGAAGAUUAAAGUUUAAAAUUAUCAGCGGAUAGCUUAUGUUAAAAAACUAUCUUUUAUGUGUGAUCCAAUAAUUCCAUAGAAAACCAUAGAAUUGAAUUUCAGAAUAACAGAGUACGUGAAAAUGUUUGCAAGAAAACCAAUUUUAGCAGACAAUAAUUAUUUUUUAACUCUCAGGAAGAGCCAUGAGACAACUUAUUAUGUGCUAAACAGAUGCAAGCUUUUAAUAAAAAUUGUUUUUUAGAGAAAAAUAGGGUAACUCAGUAAAAUAUUAAAGUUGAAAUAAGAAUUUACAAAACAUUCUUCAAAUUUUAGCUUAUGUACUGGAUCAGUUUUUUAAAUGUUUUUUCAAGUUCAUAGAAUCUAAACUGUUUUUUAAAACCUAUUAUGCAAGUGAAAUGGGGAAGAAUCAUCAUAAAAUAUUGAAAAUCCUUCAAUAAAAUGUGAAUAUUACUGUAAAUAUAAUUUUGCGUAUAUUUCAGCUCAUUGUACGUUAAAGAUAAAUAGAAUACCUAUAAAAAUCAGUGAAACUCCUUGUUAUAUUCAUAAAACUGCAUAGAUAAAACAUAUUGUUCAUUUUCUUAGAAUACCUAUAAAAAUCAGUGAAACUCCUUGUUAUAUUCCUAAAACUGCAUAGAUAAAACAUAUUGUUCAUUUUCUUGAAUAUCUAUAAAAAUCAGUGAAACUCCUUGUUAUAUUCCUAAAACUGCAUAGAUAAAACAUAUUGUUCAUUUUCUUAGAAUACCUAUAAAAAUCAGUGAAACUCCUUGUUAUAUUCAUAAAACUGCAUAGAUAAAACAUAUUGUUCAUUUUCUUAAAUCUGUAAUUUCUUUUAAAUUUUAUUACAUACUGAUUCUGUAACAAAUGCUUGGUAAUAUAAUCUGAAAUAAAGAAAUGAGUUGUAAGCAUAUAAAGUAAAAAUGAAAUUAUCCAAGUUUAUUUUUUUAAGUCUUUAUUAAGACAUAUGCAUAUUUAAACACAAGAAUAUGUUAUUAAUAUUAUCACAACAAGAAACCAUAACUUUCCACAUCUCAUUUUGUAAUACUUGACUACAGGUUAACAAGAUUUGACUGAGAUAACUUUUUUACUAAGAAAAUGUAAUUUCCUGUACUUUUAUUUCCUUUAGGAAUGAUUGAUCUGUGUGGUUUGUAUUUAUAAUCAAUUAACUGGCUCACUCAUGCUGGAAAUAAAUUCUUUAAGUAUACAUUAUUAGUUGACAUACCAUUCAGUGCAUUGAAAAGACAUAGGGAUAAGGCCUAGGGAUUAGAUCCAAAUAUCAACCUUUCUGUGUUACUAUCUUGGGGGCAUUAAGGACACUUGCAAAGUUUGAUGAUAAUUUGGCUCAAUGGUUCACCAGUUAGAAGUGGGCACACACAGACUUUCAUCAGAUAAUGAUUUAGAUACUGAUAAUUAGGAAUGUACAAAUGUAAGUAUAGGUAAUCAUAUAAAAUGAUUUGGGUUUUUAUAUAUAAACCAUUUUAGAUUUAGUAUUUAAACUCAAUAUGUCAAUGAAUGGAAGACACAAGAUUUUAGUAGUUUAUACUUUAUCGUCUCAUUAAAUUCUCAAACCAGAAAUAUUUGUGAUGCCCUGGCAGAGUUUGCAAAAAAAUAAAAGUUAUAAAUUUUUUGAGAAAGUAAUGUCUUUUUACUGUUCUUUUCUUGUGUGUGUUUAUGAAUUAUUGUAUAGGUGCAUAAUGUAAUUCUGGGUAGUUCUAUUUGUAUGUAUAUAUAUAUGUAUAUCCUGUCCAUAUGUGUUUCAAUAUUAGUUAGAAUAUAUGGAGAGUAAAGGUUUGUCCUGGGUGUUUGUGUGUGCAAUUAAAACUUUGCAUUUCCUUCUUCUAUAAGCAUUGAAAAAGUUUUUGAACAAUUAAACUUUAUUCCCUGGAUAAAAGUAUGUUUUGUCCAUAAGCAAAUUUAAUACCUCAGUUUUUAUUAUACUAUCCAUACCUGAAACAUAAUAUAAAUCAGAUUAACAUCCAAAUUUAUACAUUUGUUGAAAGAAACACAUUCACAUAAGAAUACGGUAAUUUUUAGCAAUAAAAAUUUGCAUUCAAGAAAAUAAAAAUAUUACCUCUAGGAAAACACUCGGUGUGUCAUGUGAAUAGCACACUUGGCUGUGAUAUAACUGACCAAGCUAUGAAAUACCUAGUUUUUCCAGUUAACAUAUAAUUAUUAUGAUUGAUGUACAGAAAUGUUGCUAUGCCACUUCUUGAAAUUUGAAAACAGUAUGUAUAUGGUUAAGCUUUGUAGGACAAGAAAUAGUACAGUAAAUUAAUGUAGCGAUAUAUUUUUACAAAUUUGUGCUUUGUAUGUUUAUGAUGAUUGAGA